AUGACUCUGCUCCAGUCUAGCGGCAAGGAAUGGUGGGAAACCGCGCUGGUUUAUCAAAUCUGGCCGAGAGGAUUUCAGGACACCGACGGUAACGGCGAGGGUGACUUAAAGGGUAUCAUUAGUCGUCUCGAUUAUCUGAAUGAUCUUGGAAUCGACGUGAUUUGGUUAAAUCCUGUUUACCCGUCGCCACUGAUAGAUUCUGGAUACGACAUUUCCAAUUACACCGAUAUAAAUCCUCUCUUUGGUAGUCUCGAGCAGUUUGAUGAACUCGUAAAGGAAGCACACCACCGUGACGUGAAAGUCAUGCUGGACAUAGUGCCAAAUCAUUCAAGCGACGUACACAAAUGGUUUUUGCAAUCCAUCGAUAAUAUUCAUCCAUACAAUAACUAUUACGUUUGGUCGAAUGGAUCUAUCGACGAAAGCGAUGCCAGGACACCUCCUAAUAAUUGGGUGAGCACUUACAGCGACAAAGAGGGAUCCGCGUGGACGUGGCACGAUAAAAGGAAAUUAUGGUAUUACCAUAAGUUUCACGAAUCACAACCUGAUCUCAAUUUAAGAAACGAAAAUGUGGUACAAGAGUUACUGGAUGUAUUUAACUUUUGGUUAAAAAGAGGCGUCGAUGGUUUUCGUAUCAACGGAGUAUCGUAUUUUUUCGAAGACAAAGUCUUGAGAGACGAACCGAUCGGGAAAAAUGGAUCCUAUACAUCCGGAUUGCCCGAAAAUACAGCUCUUCUAUACACGUUUCGCUCAUACAUCGAUAAAUGGGUAGAAACAAAUAAGGCAACCUCAAAAUUGCUUGUCGCAGAAUCGUAUGAUUCGGAUGAAACGCUGAUAGCUCUUUAUGGCAAUAAGACGCACGCUGGAAUUCCGCCCUUAAAUUUCCGCUUUAUCGACUGCAUUCGAAACACCAGUACUGCUCAAUAUAUUAAAACUAUUCUAGACGAUUGGUUCAAAAUACUUCCCGCUAAUGCAACCACAAAUUGGGUGCUUUCCAAUCAUGAUAACUCAAGAGCAGCGUCAAGAAUUGGAUUAAAUCGCGUUGAUGGCCUUCAUAUGCUUAGUCUCUUAUUACCUGGUCAAGCAUAUACUUACUAUGGAGAAGAGAUUGCUAUGUUGGACAGAAAAAUAACAAACUUAACGUACGAAAAAUAUUCUAGAGAUCCUGCGAGAACACCGAUGCAGUGGAACUCUGACUCGUCGGCAGGAUUUUCAACCAACAAAAUCACGUACCUUCCCCUUAACCCAGAUUACUUAGAGAGAAACGUUAAAAUGCAGGAACUUCAGAAACAGAGUAACUUAAACACGUACAAAUCGCUUGCUACUCUUAGGAGAGAGAAAGUUUUCACCCAUGGAGACUAUGAACUAACAACCUUAAAUAAUGAUCGGGUGUUAAUUUUAAAAAGAUUUUUUGAAAACCACCCUACAUACGUUAUUGUCAUUAAUCUAAAUCUACGGCAAGAGAAAGUUAAUUUAACCUCAUUGUAUCCAAACCUAGAGGAUUCUAUGGAAAUUGUUAUUGCUUCCAGCAAUGCUGUCCACGUCACAUCACACAUAUCUGGAAACAAUUUGCUACUGACUGCCAAUGCUGCGUACGUAUUGAAAGCCAAAGAAAUAAAAGAAACCACGACUGAUUCGAGUACAGAAUCAUCUACGGAAACGAGCACCAUUUCCACGUCAAGUACAACUAAAUCAGGGAAAAACACAGCAGCCGUUGCUGCUUCCACCUCGAUGUUGCGAUUGAUAAUAAAUGCGUUUGCUAUUAUACUAUUCUCCAAAUUCUGA